AUGGCUCCCCGAACCGUGAUCCCAAUCGACAAGAACUGGCAGUUCAGGCAGGUCGAUAAAGAGGACAGCAAGCUUCUCGCCGUCAGCCAGUUCCCCACAAACGUCCACCUUGACCUCAUCCACCACGGCGUCAUUCCCGACCCCUUCAUCGGCAAGAACGAGCUGGACGUGCAAUGGAUUGGCGAGGCCCAAUGGCUGUACAAGACCACUUUCGCCUCUGAGGCCAUCCCGGAGGGUGCCAAGGCCGUCCUGGCCUUUGAUGGUCUCGACACCUUUGCUACCGUUGUGCUCAACGGCAAGACCAUUCUUGAAACGGACAACAUGUUCACCCCAGAGCGUGUCGAUGUUACCUCGGUACUCAAGAAGGACGGCGACAACGAGCUUGAAAUUACCUUUGAUAGCGCUUACCUGCGCGGCUGGAAGUUGGUUGAAAAGUACCCCGACCACAAGUGGGGAUGCUGGAACGGUGACAACUCGAGACUGGCUGUCCGGAAAGCUCAAUACCACUGGGGCUGGGACUGGGGCCCGACUCUGCUGACCUGCGGUCCUUGGAGGCCCAUCAACCUCGAAAUUUACGAGUCCCGCCUAUCCGACCUGUACUUCGAGACCACUGUCGACGAGUCCCUCAAGAGUGCCAAGGUCGUUGCCCAUGCCACAACAGAAGGCAAGGCAUCCAAGGUCCGCUUCGACGUCUCGCUCGACGGAAAGUCCGUUGCCUCCGAGACCGUCGCAGCCGAAGCCGACUCGGAUGUUGCCGCCACUUUCCAGAUCCAGGACCCCGCGCUGUGGUACCCUAUUCGCUACGGCAAGCAGCCCCUUUACACUGUCACCGCCACGCUUGUCGACGGCGAUGAGGAGGUUGACAGCCUUUCGAAGAAGAUGGGUAUCCGCAAGGUUGAGCUCGUUCAGCGCCCACUCAAGGAGCAGCCCGGCACAUCCUUCUUCUUCCAGGUUAACAACGUGCCCAUCUUCUGCGGCGGUAGCGACUGGAUCCCUGCCGAUAACUUCAUCCCCCGCAUCAGCAAAGAGCGCUACUACGACUGGGUUCGCCUGCUGGCUGACGGUAACCAGUUCAUGGUCCGCGUUUGGGGCGGCGGCAUUUACGAAGAGCAGGAAUUCUACGACGCAUGCGACGAGUAUGGUAUCCUUGUGUGGCAAGACUUUAUGUUCGGCUGCGGAAACUACCCCGCCUGGCCGGAGCUGCUCAAGUCCAUCGACAGGGAGGCGAGAGUGAACGUCAAGAUGCUCCGCCACCACCCCUCUAUCGUCAUUUGGGCCGGCAACAACGAGGACUACCAGUAUGCAGAGAGCGAAAAUCUUACUUACGACCUUGCCAACAAGGAUGCCGAGAGCUGGCUCAAGACAGACUUCCCCGCGCGCUACAUCUACGAGAAGGUCCUCGUCGACGCCUGCAAGGACCUCAUCCCAGACACCUUUUACCACUUUGGCAGCCCCUGGAGCGGUGACAACACCCGCGACCCCACAGUCGGUGACUUGCACCAGUGGAACGUCUGGCACGGCACGCAAGAGAAGUACCAAAACUUUGACAAGCUCGUCGGCCGCUUCGUCUCCGAGUUCGGCAUGGAGGCGUUCCCCUCAGUCAAGACCAUUGACGCUUAUCUGCCCCUGGGUAAGGACGACCCGGAUCGGUACCCGCAGUCCUCGACCGUUGAUUUCCACAACAAGGCCGACGGCCACGAGCGCCGCAUCGCGUUGUACCUUGUUGAGAACUUCCGCUACGCCCCGGACCCGCUGGAGCAUUUCGUCUACUGCACCCAGCUCAUGCAGGCGGAGUGCCUGGCGUCCGCCUAUCGCCUCUGGAAGCGUCAGUGGAAGGGCCCCGGACGUGAGUACUGUGGCGGUGCGCUUGUGUGGCAGAUCAACGACUGCUGGCCGGUUACCUCGUGGGCCAUCUGCGACUACUACCUCCGUCCCAAGCACGCUUACUUCACCGUCAAGCGCGAGAUGGCCCCCAUCUCCAUCGGCAUCACACGCCACGAGCAUAAGCACGCCCAGGACAAGUACACGCGCGUCAACGUUGACGUCAAGCACCAGAUUGAGAUUUGGGGUUCCAACCUGCAGCUCGAGGAUCUGACCGUCGACUGUCUCGUCAAGGCAUGGGACGUUGAGACCGGCGAGGAGACGUACUCCGAGACCGUCGCCAGCGCAUUCGUGCUCCCUGAGAACAGGUCGACUGAAAUCGCAGCGUUCGAGGUGCCUGCGCCGAAAAAGGGAGAUGAGGCCAAGACUGUCGUCGCGGCGUACCUCAUCCAGGACGGAAAGCAGAUUGCGAGAUACGUCAACUGGCCUGAGCCGCUCAAGUACCUCCACCUGCAGAAGCCAAAGAGCCUCAAGGCUGUGCUGUCGGAGGACGGAUCUGUGGUGCGCGUCAGCGCCGAGGUCCCCGUCAAGGGUCUCGCGUUGGAGAGCGAGGACGACGCGGUCGUAUUCAGCGACAACUUGGUCGAUAUCGUUCCUGGCGAGACGGUGGAGAUUGUCGUCAAGGGUGCUAGCAAGGACAGCAAGAUUGAGACGCGGUACCUGGGUAUGCUUAACUGA